UAAUUUAUUUAUUAACUCUAGAAGUUAUUUGCAUUUUCGCAUAGUUCGCACAUUGCGCACUGCAUAAAAACUUGGGGCUAUCAUCGCUGCUCGCUUAACCAUCAGGAAUUGAUUGCUUUCACAUGGAUAGCAAUUCGGUGAGUCCCCUGCCGCCGCUGACGCUGAUGGAAAACGAGAAGACGCCGCCCGGCACGCCCAACGGCACUGAAAUGCCACCGCCGCCAGAUGAAAAACGUUAUGAGGAGGAUCCAGACAAUGCGUGGAACUGUUGUUCCUGGUGUGAAUAUUUAUUAAUUGUUAUACUCUCUACCAUAUUGCUAGUGGGUGUCUUGAUAUUGGCACUCUUUUGGGUAAUGUUCUAUCGCGGAGGCUUUGCCUGGUCAGACAAGCCAUUGAAGCAAUUCAAUUUGCAUCCCAUUUUGAUGAUAGCGGGCUUUGUAACGCUCUCUGGAUUCUCUACUUUAGUUUAUCGACUGUGCCGCUGCGUCAAGCACAUCUAUGUGAAAUUGAUUCACAUGUUCUUUCAUGCUGCUGCAAUACCCUGUAUUAUUAUGGGCUUCGUCUCCGUGUUCGAUUCGCACAAUGCAUUAGCCAAGUUGAACUUUUAUAGCCUGCAUUCAUGGCUGGGCUUCGUGACAAUGGGCAUGUUUCUGAUGCAAUUCGUAAUUGGCUUCUUUACAUUUCUGGUGCUGCUCUGCUGUGACAAUAAAACCUAUAGCUGUCGCUCAGCCAUGGUGCCGAUACACGCCAGCCUGGGCUUGGCCAAUUUCUGGCUGGCCAUAGCCACCGCCGUGACGGGCAUCAUUGAGAAGGAGCGCGAAACUGCCAAGGAUCCCACAUUGAGUGACGAUAAUCGCCUGAUUGAACAUUAUAUAACAACUGCGUUGGGAGUUACUCUCGUUAUUAUUGGUAUCAUUGUUACCUUUGCCGUGCGAAGAACCAAUGCGCCUGCCUCUGCCAAAGUCUAUGUAACAGAACGCAUUUAGAUUGUGGCCAAGAGCCACUCCCCCGACUACGGCCGCCUGCCACAGCCAGUGUUUUUAUAGAGCUGAA